GGAGGGACAGAGAGAGAGAGAGACGGCGAAGGUUAAAGGGCUUGAUUUGCCAAGCCGGCGUGGUGCGCUUCACUUGCUUUCCGCGAUUGUUUAUCCUUUAUUGUCUUUACAAAGAGCGAAAAGAUAAAACUGUGAAGAUCUUGCCAACCAGAAUGCAUCUGUGAAAUAUGGAAUGCGUAGACAGUUCUGAGGCAACGAAUCAGUCCUGAAUGUUCCUUUCAUCCCGAUACUGGAUAUGAGCAGUGCGUGUUUUGGUGGAAGCAGAUGAGCACAGCUGAACUCCGAAUUGGCGCCGUCCUGCAGAGCUUUGUAGGCGACAUAAGCUCUAAAACGUGACGCGAUCAGUAGCCGCAGUCGACAGCAGCAGCAUGACUUCAGAGCGCCGGGUGAACUGCAUGCAAGCCUCAGUGCCUCAAUUCACCAACUCCCCAACCAUGAUUGUUAUGGUGGGCCUUCCAGCCAGAGGGAAGACCUACAUCUCCAAGAAGUUGACACGGUAUCUCAAUUGGAUUGGAGUGCCGACAAAAGUGUUUAAUGUGGGACAGUAUCGUCGGGAAGCUGUACAGACCUACAAAUCAUAUGAAUUCUUUAUGCCAAAUAAUGAAGAUGCAAUGAAAAUUCGGAAGGCAUGUGCCAUUGCUGCACUUCAAGAUGUCAAUAUCUACCUCACGCAUGAGCAGGGACAAGUGGCGGUUUUUGAUGCCACCAACACCACAAGGGAUCGUCGGGAGCUGAUUAUUAACUUUUCAAAGGAAAAUGGAUACAAAGUGUUCUUUGUGGAAUCUAUUUGUGAUGACCCAGAUAUAAUUGAAGCUAAUAUACUACAAGUGAAGCUGACUAGUCCGGACUACAAAGACUGUGAUAAAGAAAAAGUAGUAGAAGACUUUUUGAAAAGGAUUGAGUGCUACAAAAUUAACUAUACUCCAUUGCACGAUGAAUAUGACAGGAACCUUUCAUACAUCAAAAUUUUUAAUGUUGGCAGUCGGUACUUAGUGAACCAUGUAUUAGAUCACAUUCAGAGCCGCAUUGUCUACUAUUUGAUGAACAUUCAUGUGACACCACGUUCCAUCUAUCUGUGCCGACAUGGUGAAAGUGAGCUUAAUUUGUUAGGCCGCAUUGGUGGGGACUCAGGCCUCUCAGAACGAGGAAAGAAGUUUGCUAGUGAAUUGGGACUCUUUAUGCGGGAUCAGGCCAUUCAAGACCUAAAGGUGUGGACAAGCCACAUGAAACGAACUAUUCAAACUGCUGAAGCCCUGGGUGUGCCUUAUGAGCAGUGGAAGGCCCUCAAUGAGAUUGAUGCGGGAGUGUGUGAAGAAAUGGCUUAUGAAGAAAUCCAGGAAAACUACCCACUAGAGUUUGCCUUGCGAGACCAGGACAAGUACCGCUACCGUUACCCAAAGGGCGAGUCUUAUGAGGACCUGGUUCAGCGGCUGGAACCAGUAAUAAUGGAGCUGGAGCGUCAAGAGAAUGUCCUAGUAAUCUGCCACCAAGCUGUCAUGAGGUGUCUUCUGGCUUACUUCCUUGACAAAAGUGCGGAAGAGCUUCCUUAUCUUAAGUGCCCACUUCAUACUGUAUUGAAGCUUACACCGGUGGCAUAUGGUUGCAAAGUAGAGUCCUUCUUCCUCAACAUCGAAGCAGUUAAUACUCACAGAGAUAAGCCAGAGAAUCAGAUUGCUCGACCAAGUGAUGCUCCUCUGUACCGACAUCGGCGUCCUGUGCCUCUUGCUAGUCCAGCUCCAACUAAAACCCCUCGUCUUGAGGACUUGGGGGAAACAUCACCACCAUGCAGAAUGUAGAAGUCACUCGGAAUCCAGAAGAAGCCUUGGAUACUGUGCCAGCUCACAUCUGAAGAUUCCUGGAUUUUCUCAUAGACACUAAUUCUGGUGCAGAGAAAGAUGAGCAUAUUAGAUUAUCUAAUUGCCUACUACACUGGCACCUGGGUUCCAUAAGAAAUUGUUAUGCAAUAUAAAAAUGUAUAUGUAAAUGACUUAAAAAGACUGAAUUUUAUGUCCUGGUGUACAAGGAGUGGGAAAAAAUAUUUCACUUGGAGAAGUUUGCUCAGUAUGGAAUGUUUUCAGGAGCACUAGCAAUGGCUGUAGAGCAAUGAAAGUAAGAAUUUAAUAUAAAAUGUAUGCAAUAUUAAAACAAUACUGUAUAGAGAAGCAAUGAGAAAAGGAAGAAACAUCACAAGGUUAAUGAAUAUCUUCACCAAUGCAAUAGACAGCAGAGCAAAUAGGACCAUUUUGGUUUUAAUAGAUUCCUUUUAAACUCAUUAAUGACUUUUCUGUAAUUUAUUUCUCCCUUAUCAUGUACAUAAUCAGAUAGGAUAUAUACUUAAAUGUGCAUAAGAAAUACAAUUUUUGAGAAAGAUUAAGACAGCAUUUUAAAAACACUUUUAUUUUUGCAAUCAACACUAGAAUGAACAUUCAUUUUACAAACUUAUUGAAAAUAACUGGU